GCAGCUUGCCUCAAGGGGACCAGCCGGCCGCCUCUCUUUCCCGCGCUUCCGUCCAGAGUUUGAACUUGAUGAAUUAUCAAAGCCAUCAGUCAGAUCCCAGCAUGCCUUCUGAGACACCCCAGGCAGAAGAGGGGUCUGCAGGGUGCCCCCACCUCUCAGGGGCACGCUCGGGGAAAGGGAGCCUGGAGAAGGGGCCCCCAGGGGACAAGGAAGCCAAGGAGCACCUGUGGAUCCUACCCGAUGCCCCAAGCAGGUGUGCCUGGCAGCUGGGCAGGCCCCAUGCCGACUCGCCGCAUCGCCACACCACCCCGACAAAAUCUCCAAAAAUUUUGCCAGAUAUUCUGAAAAAAAUUGGGGACACCCCCAUGGUCAGAAUCAACAAGCUCGGGAAGAACUGUGGUCUGAAGUGUGAGCUCUUGGCCAAGUGUGAGUUCUUCAAUGCGGGCGGGAGCGUGAAGGACCGCAUCAGCCUGCGCAUGGUGGAGGACGCCGAGCGGGACGGGGUUUUGAAGCCCGGGGACACCAUCAUCGAGCCGACAUCGGGGAACACAGGGAUCGGGCUGGCCCUGGCUGCCGCCGUGAAGGGCUAUCGCUGCAUCAUCGUGAUGCCGGAGAAGAUGAGCUCGGAGAAGGUGGAUGUCCUGCGGGCCCUGGGGGCUGAGAUCGUGAGGACGCCCACCAACGCCAGGUACGACUCCCCCGAGUCCCACGUGGGAGUGGCGUGGCGGCUGAGGAACGAAAUCCCCAAUUCUCACAUACUGGACCAGUACCGCAACGCCAGCAACCCCCUGGCUCACUACGACACCACCGCGGAGGAGAUCCUGCAGCAGUGUGACGGGAAGCUGGACAUGUUGGUGGCUUCGGUGGGCACGGGCGGCACCAUCACAGGCAUCGCCAGGAAGCUGAAGGAGAAGUGUCCGGGGUGCAGAAUCAUCGGUGUGGAUCCGGAAGGAUCCAUCCUUGCGGAGCCGGAGGUGCUGAACCAGACGGAGGUGACGGCCUACGAGGUGGAAGGCAUCGGCUACGACUUCAUCCCCACCGUGCUGGACAGGACGGUGGUGGACAGGUGGUACAAGAGCAACGACGAGGAGGCCUUUGCCUUCGCCCGCAUGCUGAUCGCGCAGGAAGGGCUGCUCUGUGGUGGCAGUGCCGGCAGCACCGUGGCCGUGGCCGUGAGGGCUGCCCGGGAGCUGCAGGAGGGUCAGCGCUGCGUGGUCAUCCUGCCCGACUCGGUGCGCAACUACAUGUCCAAGUUCCUGAGUGACAAGUGGAUGCUACAGAAGGGCUUUGUGAAGGAGGCGGACCUCACCGUGAAGAGGCCGUGGUGGUGGCAUCUCCGGGUUCAGGAGCUGAGCCUGUCGGCACCGCUGACUGUGCUGCCGACCGUCACCUGUGGACACACCAUCGAGAUUCUCCGAGAGAAGGGCUUCGACCAGGCGCCCGUAGUUGACGAAUCAGGGGCGAUCCUGGGAAUGGUGACGCUCGGGAACAUGCUGUCGUCCCUGCUCGCCGGGAAGGUGCAGCCGUCAGACCAGGUCCACAAAGUCGUCUACAAGCAGUUCAAACAGAUCCGCCUGACGGACACGCUGGGCAAGCUCUCGCACAUCCUGGAGCUGGACCACUUCGCCCUGGUGGUGCACGAGCAGAUCCAGUCAGGACCAGGCCUGGUCAGGAUUGGGGGGCCUGCAGAUCACGGCGACGGCAAGGCCAGCCAGCGGCAGAUGGUGUUCGGGGUCGUCACCGCCAUUGACUUGCUGAGCUUCGUGGCCACCCGGGAGCGGCACCCGAAGUGAGGUCUGCGCGUGCCUGGCGCUGCCCCCGCGCUCUCCGCUGGGGUCGUCGCUUUUGCUUUCGUAACACUCGACAGACACCCGCGAUUUCUAACUGCCUGCGGCCGGGCACGCCUUCUCCUGACAGCAGCGUGGAGCAGGCGGGUCCCCUCCCGGGCCAGCAUCCGCCUGGUUCGCUGCCGCUGACACUUGCCUCCCUCGGUGACGGUGUUUAUGGUUGUUAGAUUAAAGGUGUCCUUCUCUGACGUAACUUCCUCUUAACACGUCUCCCCGCAGACUGUGGGGAGAGAAGUUGGCCAGGUGGGAUGAGCACCCAGCGACCGGGGCGGAGUGGGUUAAAAGCAAAAGCGAGUGUCUUUACCAGAGAAGAAUCCGGAAUGGGGAGCAGCCGGAAGGGGGCCGGGGGCCGGGUGGGUCCAGCGUCCGGUCUCACAGGCAGCGUUGUGUCCUGGGGGCUGGUUGGUUGGGGCGGCUUGAGUGUUGGGGUUUUUUAACUGAGGUGGAAUUCGCGUAACAUUUAGGUUAUCGUGAACCAGUAAUUUUAAAUUAAUAAUUUAAAAGUGAACAAUUCAGUGGCAUUUAGUACAUUCAGAGAGCCGCGCAGCCGCCACCUCCCUCGGGUCCCCAAACAUUCUCACCCCCCGUGAGGCAGUCGCCCCACCCCCUCCCCUGGCA